AUGACGAUUUUCAGAACUCCGAAUCCGAUGUUAGCCAAUCUCCACUGGUUCACUUGUAUGGGAGCUGUGAGAUACGUGAAGGAAAUUGUGGACAAGAUGAACUCCGGCACACCACGCCCGUAUCAUCGCAGCGUUGAUAUCCAAAUGCUCACCGGUCUGGGAAUCCAUUUGGCAAAUAGUGCGUCAAUCAUGCGGCAGGCGCUCCAGAAAGAAUACGGACUCCAAAUCAAGAGGGAUGCUGGCAAUCCGGGUGUUUUGGAAAAACUCAAGAAAGCAAACACCAGUGAAGUUCCGAAAAUUGAAAUGGAAAUGUAUGAAAAAGGCGAAAAGUUCAACAAAUGCAGAUCCCCAUGGAAUCGAUACGAUUUGCAUUACCUGACUGUCUAUGUCGCAGUCAGAUAUGCACUGGACAUAGUGGAGACAGAGAAAAAAGAAAAGAAGCACAAUGAGAUCCUUCUUGUCACUGGAAAUGGAAAUCGGAGUGUCAAUGGCGUUGCAAGAAUCAAAAAUACAAUUUGGGAUGGUUGA